CCCAGUGCCUCCCCUGCCCAUCGCCCGGCGGCCCCCGGGGCUGCGGCACCGCCCGGCCCCGCCUGGGCCGCGGCCUCGCAGCAGACCCCUGGAAGUCUAAGGGAUGGAGGCGGAGGAGAGCCGAGCGCAGGUGCCGGGCGCGGCGCCGGAGCCCGGCUGUGCCAGCGGUGCCGGCUGGCCCCUCACCGACAGCGCCCGGCUGCAGCACUUCCUGUGCUUCGGCUCCGAGGGCGGCGCUUACCACGUCAAGGAGCAGAAGCUGGGCUUUGAAAACGCCGAAGCUUUGCUAAGGCUGAUUGAAGAGGGCAGAGGCUGCGAAGUUGUUGAAGAAAUAAAAGCAUUUAGUCAAGAGGGCAGAGCAGCAAGACAGGAGCCCCUGCUCUUUGCCCUCGCAGUUUGCUCGCAGUGUUCUGAUGCCAAAACAAAACAAGCGGCGUUUAAAGCUGUCCCCGAGGUGUGUUGCAUACCAACCCAUCUCUUUACUUUCAUCCAGUUUAAAAAAGAUCUGAAGGAGGGCAUGAAAUGUGGCAUGUGGGGCCGUGCUCUGAGGAAAGCUGUUGCAGAUUGGUACAAUGGAAAGAAUGGCAUGGCUCUUGCUUUAGCAGUUACAAAAUAUAAGCAAAGAAGUGGUUGGUCUCAUAAAGAUCUUCUGAGGUUGUCCCACCUAAAACCUGCCAGUGAAGGAAUUGCUAUAGUCACUAAAUAUAUUACCAAGGGAUGGAAAGAUGUCCAAGAAGCUUAUAAAGAGAAAGCAGUUUCUGCUGAGACUGAAAAGCUCUUGAAGUAUCUGGAGGCUGUGGAGAAAGUAAAACGCACAAAAGAUGAACUGGAAGUCAUUCACUUGAUAGAGGAAUAUGGUCUAGUUAGAGAGCAUCUCCUGACAAACCAUCUGAAAUCUAAAGAGGUUUGGAAAGCAUUGCUCAAGGAGAUGCCUGUUUCUGUAUUGUUGAGAAAUUUAGGAAAGCUGACAGCAAAUUCAGUGCUUGAGCCACGAGGUUCAGAAGUGGCAAUAGUAUGUGAAAAACUGAGAAAUGAGAAACUGCUAAAAAAGGGUAGAAUACAUCCAUUCCAUAUUUUGGUUGCAUUAGAAACUUAUAAAGCUGGACAUGGAAGCAGAGGGAAGCUUUGGUGGCGUCCUGAUGAAGACAUUUUAGGAGCUUUGGAUGCCUCAUUUUACAAAGCUUUCAAGACAGUUGAACCAACAGGAAAACGCUUUGUAAUUGCAGUUGAUGUCAGUGCAUCAAUGACACAAAAGGUUUUGGGCAGUGUGCUCAAUGCCAGCACAGUUGCAGCAGUAAUGUGUAUGGUUGUAGCACGGACUGAGAAGGAUUCCCACAUUGUUGCCUUUUCACAUGAAAUGGUCCCUUGUCCAGUGACAGCUGACAUGAGCUUACCUCAAGUUUUAGUGAAAAUGUAUGAAAUUCCAGUGGGUACCACUGACUGUUCCCUUCCAAUGAUAUGGGCUCAAAAAACUCAGACAGCUGCUGAUGUCUUCAUUGUAUUUACUGAUAACGAGACCUUUGCUGGGAAUACUCCUCCUGCAAUGGCCCUUAGAGAGUACAGAGAGAAAAUGGGUAUUCCUGCUAAGCUGAUUGUUUGUGGAAUGACCUCCCACGGUUUUACGAUGGCGGACCCGGAUGACAGAGGCAUGUUGGAUAUCUGCGGCUUUGAUACAGGAGCUUUGGAUGUCAUUCGAAACUUCACUUUGGAUUUGAUUUAAGUUUUUUAGGCAUCUGCUCUUCCCAGUGGGUCCAUUGCUGGCAACAGACUUCACCCUGGCAACUCCCAGCCAAAUAUACUUUAUUAGCAUAUGGCAUAUUGUAUACAUAUCAGAAUGUUACGGGAGGUGGUGGCACGUC